AUGGCGAGUUCAAUAACUACAAUUCUAACACCAGAAGACGAAUUAGCUGCUCGCAUAUUACUACAACUAAGCCAAGAGUAUCGACAACAGCCAAGAGAAAGAGAAGCUAUAGCUGAGGCUGAGCUUCAUUCGACUCCAUUAUUACAGCAAGUAAGCAAAGCUCCUAAGAAACCGUCGUCGAAGAAGAGAAAACGUGCGAAGGAAGAAAACGAUUCCGAAGCAAAAACAAAAGAAGAAGACGAUUCCGAAGAAACCCUGACGUUAAUGCAGGAAUGGCACCAAACCGAGCUCGAUCCGGGAGAGAUAUACCCCGGCGUUGCGGAGGGAUUCAGCGAACCGAUAAAGAAGCAUUUGAAGGAGAGCGACGUGAAGAACGAUCAAAACAGGCUCAUGUUAGUGAAGCAUCAAGUGGAGCAAAGAAUGUUUCCUAUGCUUCAAGAAUCAGAGAUCCCGCGCGGGAAAAACUGGCUCGAUGUCAAGGUGUACGGACCAGACGGGAAGGUUCAUGACAUGACGUUCAAAAUGUGGAAUAAGGAGAACACGCCUGUGUUGACUACCGGAUGGAACGAGUUCGUGGACAAGUGUGACCUCAAGAUGAAUUGCGAUUUCCUCACGAUUUGGAUGUUUAGGCACAUGGUUACUCGUAAGAUUUGCUUCGCUAUUCACUGCACUAGGCUUCCUAUAAAUAAUCCUCCGAGUAGAAGGAUCUUGAGGGAAGCCUUCUUGAAUCAGAAUUGA